CAGUGGGGGACCCCGGGAGCCAUGGGGUGCACGCGUGAUGCCAUCCUGGAUGCACUGGAGAACCUGACUGCAGACGAGUUCAAGAAGUUCAAGAUGAAGCUGCUUUCAGUGCCGCUGCGCGAAGGCUACGGACGCAUCCCACGGGGGACGCUGCUGCCCAUGGAUGCUGUGGACCUCACCGACAAGCUCGUCAGCUACUAUCUGGAGGCGUACGGUGCCAACCUCACGGCGCUCGUGCUUCGCGACGUGGGCAUGCAGGAGGUGGCGGAGCAGCUGCAGGAGACCUUGGGCAAGGGGGAAGGGACAGGCUCCAGCACCCACCCUGGUCCCAGCUCAUCCCCUCUCCUCCCUCCUGCCCCAGCACUGCACUUUGUGGACCAGCAUCGGACGGCCCUCAUUGCGCGGGUCACAGACGUGGAUGGGGUGCUGGACGCCCUGUACGGGAAGGUCCUGACAGAGCAGCAGUACCAGGCAGUGCGGGCGGAGCGCACCAAUCCUACCAAGAUGAGGACACUCUUCAGCUUUGCUCCAGCCUGGAACCUGACCUGCAAGGAUCUGCUCCUCCAGGCCCUGAGGGACACCCAGCCCUACCUGGUGGUCGACCUGAAGCAGAGCUGAGGCAUCUUCCCCAGCAGCAGUCCCACAGACAACCCCUGGCUGUUCCAGCCAUCUUACCUGGAGUCUCUGAUUUUUUUUUUUAUACACAAUAUAUGAAA